UUUUUCGUUUAGUCUUUUAAAACUAAAUAUACAGCUGAAAUGGCCGACCACUAAGUGUCCAACGGCUUGUGGCCGACUACUAAGUAGUGCCUUUACCCUACCUACGCCCAUCAGUCUAUGCUUAUUGUAAUUCCUCAAACCCACGGCUAUUUAAAUAGUAAUAUGAGUAUCAAGCAGCCCUUCAUCAGUAGUGAUCAGAUCGUAUCGGCAUAACGUUGUUUUCAAGAUUUCCUGCAGCCCUCUCCGUAUUCGUCUAACGUGUCCUACAGGUCCUACUGUAUAACAGUCGACUCUCGAUACUGAAGCGGAUAGUACCUCUAUUGUGCUGAAUCAAGCAGGCGAGUCUAUUUUAUUAUAUAGCCUCCUAGCUGAGAGAAACCAGUUCGAACACGUAAAUUUAUACUCAAAGAGUGAUCGAGCUGCCGAUAAAGUGUAGAUUGAACUUUUGCUUCUGCAUUUUUAGACAGAUAAUAUAUACUCUACAACGAUGGAUUCUUUAAAAUCAACAUUGAGCGAUCGUGGCGAAGUUAUCGAAACAAAUUCAAAAUUCAAGUGGAACAUAGCCCAUUUUCCGGAUUACUGUGCAUGUUCGGGCGAACGACUUCUAUCGCCCAUUUUUUCAAGCGGUAGUAACGCCGAGUACAAGUGGCGUAUGGAGUUGUACCCGUUUAACUAUCAUUACGCAGAUAGGGAUUACCUCUCAUUGUACAUUUUAUCGGAAAACGAUUUUGCAGUGGCAGCCUCGUACGAGCUAUCUGUUUUGGACGAAUACUCAAGUACGCUCAACAAGAGGGUAACGAACAACCAGAAGUUCAGCAAAAUCAAUGAAUCCUGGGGCUUUCACAAGUACAUCGCCAGGGAAGACGUCUCGAAAGUUUUAGAAAAACUUGCCGAUGAUACACUGACUAUUUUGCUCGAGCUCUCGUCUGUUUACGUUCCCGAUCGGCGGGCCAAAAUUCCAGGAAACUACACUAUCUCGAGCGCCGUGCAGCGUAAGAUACUGCUAAAUUACGAGCGCUUGUUGACGGACGAACUAUAUUGCGACGUGACACUGAUCAGUGCCGAAGGUAAGGAGUUGCACGCACACAAGGCUGUAUUGUCAGCUGGGAGCGAGUAUUUCGCAUCCAUGUUCAAGCACGACAUGAUUGAGAAACAGGAGAAUUUGGUCACGAUCGAAGACAUGGAUCACGAUACGAUCAAAGAGUUGCUCAGGUUCAUCUACGCUGGAAAGGUCGAAAAUCUCGAGAAAUUGGCCAAGAGUUUGUACUUAGCAGCUGAUAGGUGUGGAAUCGAAGAGCUGAUGAACUUGUGCUCGGAUUAUUUUUGUCGGACUCUGAGCCUGAGCAACGCCGUUGAUUAUUUGUCGUUCGGAUACCUUUACAAUAUCGAACUGUUGAAGAACACAGCCAAGAAGUACAUUGUAGGCAACGCGAAGCACUUCGUCGACCAACCGGAAUUCAAUUCGUUGAAUAAUCAGCAUACCGAGAUAAUCUUCUCGCUCUUUCAAGAACUCGUGGCACAGACGAAAUAGUUCUUGCGAUAAUAAUCAUACCAAUUAUCAUGAUGUAGCUUAAUUGUUCAUUUCCUUCAUUUUAUUCUCGAUAUAACAGAAUGCCAAUAAAACACAAUAUCUCAUUUCGAAUGAAAAA